AUGGAUGAAGAUCAACAAUGCGCUCUCGAAACUGUCAUCAAUGGCCAUAAUCUGCUAUUAACUGGACAAGCAGGAACGGGGAAAAGUUUUGUUGUGAAAAAUAUCAUUAAGAAAUUAAAUUCAAGAUUCUGUGUGACGGCCUCUACAGGAUUAGCCCAUUGGUUUAAAGAUGCCUUCCCUCAUGUAAUUAAUCUGAAAAUUAUACACAGACAAGAUGAAACGGAUCUAAUAAAUGUCAUUAAUGAAAUGGAACAAGGCCUUCCUUCACCGCAUACAGUAGCGUUCCUCAACUCUUUAUCCAGACCUUUGUCUGCAGAAAGAACUCUAAGUGCUGUUCAUCUUUUUGCAAGAAAUAUUGAUGUCAUGCUCUUUAACCAAAAAAAAUUACAUUCUGUUGUCGGUGACCUUCACACAUUUAAGUCAGAGGACAGUGGGGAGAGUAAAUUGUGUGACCAAUUCUUUGCGCCUAAAUAUUUUGGAGUGAAAAUUGGAUGCCCUGUUAUGCUUCUAAUAAACUUAACGGACCACCUUGUGAAUGGGAAGAUAGGAACUGUGAAACUUAUUGAGGAUGAAUUCAUCCAUGUAACAUUUUGUUUGUUUGGUGAAUCUCGGACAGUUAAAAUUUCAAAGUUUACAUUCAGUAAAUUUGACCCUGUCUCAAAAUCAUCCAUUGCAUCAAGAAGGCAGUUUCCACUUAAUUUGGCCUAUGCAUUUACUAUACACAAGUCUCAAGGUAUGACAAUUCAGAAUUUAGUGGUCGAUUGCAGUAAUGCAGUAUAUCCUGGUCAAAUUGGUGUUGCAAUUGGUAGAGCACAAACCACUGAUGGAUUAUGUGUUAAAAAUUUCAAGCCUACUUUGUGUCGUGCACAUCCAGCAGCGGUUCAACAUUUUUACGUCCAGUGUCGUUAUGGAGAAAUUAGACAUGACUGUACCUGUUGCAAUAAGAAGAAAAGACAAGAUGGAAAAGAUGAAAAUGAUGAUCAUGAUGAUGAAGGAGAUGACAAGGAUGAUGAUAAUGGUGAUGAUGAUAAUAUUGAAGGUGAUGGCUGUCAAGGUGAUGAAUCAGACUUGUCAGACUUUGAGUAUGACAUUGUCAAAGAAAUCGAAGUUCAGGAAAAGAGUGCUAACAAGACAGAGGAAUUAAUGGAAGUCCUUUCCUUCAUUAUGGAAGAAUUUCAAGAUACACCUCUUUGUAAUGAUGCAGCUGAAGUGCAGCAUGAAAUCCUCCUGACACCUAGUCCAUUUAUUGAAGGUUUUCACAAGCAUAAAACAGAAGUUGAGAAUAUUGGCAGUUUAUGA